UCUUACUUGAACCCAUCGUGAAGACAAAAGCCAAGUGUUGUUUGUGUCCGAGUUUCGCAAUGUUCCUUAUUAGUGAAAUCCCUUGAAAGUCUCGCGAAGAGUUCCGAAAGACGCGGUGGCUCGAGGAGCAGUGUUUUGCCAGUGGCCAGUGGCCAGUGGACAGUUGGCGCGAAACGAAAUUGCAAACGAAAGGGAAACCAGAACGAUCGAAGGCCUGUAAGCUGGCAUCGAGAGGCGAUCCUAGCGCGUGGUUUCGAAUGGGGAGCGAGGAGAGAGGAGAUGGGAUGCCAAAUGUGGACGCCGCCGCCGCCGCCGCUUCUUCCUGGCAGCAAUAUUACACCUGGUGCGCCCCGUAUUCUCAUCCACACCCUCACCCCCAUACGAAUACGCAUUCCCAUUCCCAUUCACACUUUCACCAUCCGAAUCACCUCAAUCAGUACCAGGCUGGCCAGUAUCAACAGGAACCUCAGGCGGCAUCCACGGCGAACACUUCCGCCCACUAUCCGACCUCUCAGCAGUAUCAUCUGCAACUUCAGCCCUCACAGACACCACCCUUGCACCAACAGCAGCAAUUCCACCCCGUUAGGGGACAGAACGCGCCGAGAAGAGCCACCGCUUACGACCGACCAGGUGACCCCAUGAUAACAUCCUCUCUGAAGGGGAAACAGGCCAAAGAUGGACCGGAAGAGAAAAAGGACGCCGACGGAGAGCUGUGGGGCAACGUGGAAGCGCAGGCCGCCUUCCUCGGCCCAAAUCUCUGGGACAAAACUCUGCCCUACGAUGCCGACCUGAAGGUAUUGAACCAUUACGUGGAUCUUGACGAGUUUCUCUCCGAGAACGGGAUUCCCGUGGAUGGCGCGGCUGGUGGCGGGCAGGGUACGAUGCAGAGCGGACAACUGCACAAGAUCAACAAUACCGAAGCGGCAGGACAUCAGGGACCGGCCGGUCUCCACUUGGAACCGGUCACCAAGCGCGAGAGAUCACCCUCGCCGAGCGAAUGUUGCUCCCCCGACACGAUGAACCCUCCCUCGCCCGCGGACUCCACGCUCUCGAUGGCCUCAUCGGGGCGAGACUUCGAUCCGCGCACCCGGGCCUUCUCCGACGAGGAGCUUAAACCCCAACCGAUGAUCAAGAAAUCACGGAAGCAGUUCGUUCCGGAUGACCUGAAGGAUGACAAAUACUGGGCGCGUCGUAGGAAGAAUAACAUGGCAGCGAAACGAUCACGGGACGCACGUCGCAUGAAGGAGAACCAGAUCGCUCUCAGGGCCGGCUUCCUCGAGAAAGAAAACAUGGGCCUGCGGCAGGAACUGGACCGGUUAAAGAACGAAAACAUGCUGUUGCGCGACGAGCUGAGCAAAUACACGGACGUCUAACGGCGCGGCGAUGAAGCAAGGCAACAGCUCGUCCCAGUGUUAAAAAGGACGCAGAAACGAGCGUUUGUUGCGUCGGCUCCUCCCACAGUUGUAGUCGCAGCACUUAGGUAUCGCCAGUCCGGAAGAAGAAAAAGGAAAGGAGCGCGCCGAAUCACAAGACCAUCAUCGACAAUUUAACAUGAGCCCACUUUCCUAGAGGAUCCCGAGGAUAUCCUUCUACAAGUUCUGCUAUUCAUCGAUAUUUUCUCUCUCUCUCUCUCUCUCUCACAAACACACAGACACAUUCUUCCUUUACCCACCUCCCCCUCGCCUGUCCUUCCAAGGAGAAAGUCUCUCCAUCCCUGAGAAACCCGUCCCCAAAAAGUGUACAUAGUUAUAUGUAUAGUUAGAUUAUAUGUAUGUAUACAUGCAUACAUACACGGCCGUGUGUAUGUCCUGUCUGUAAGUGUGAGUCUGUGCACGCGUAUACAGCCGCCUGUACAACUGCAAACGCGUGCACGCGUGUACGUCUCUGUGAUUAUAUACGAAUACGAUGGAUAUCGUUUCCUACACACUAUCCAAUGUAUGUGUGUUUACACAUCCAUAUAUGUACACAUGUACGUAUGUACAUAGAAGCCUACACGUAUACACGCGGAGCCACAGACGUGGAUGUGAGUGUGCGUGCCAGAACGACCUAAGUACACGGUACCAAUGUUCUACGUGGGACUAUUAACGAGCUUUUUUUCAUCGAUAGUACCGAUAAGGGAGAUACAAGUCUGUUUGUCGUUAAUGGAGGUGAAAAGGUGAAGAGUGUCAUCCACCCAGGAUGGGUGUCUUUUGGCCGUACUAAGCACUGGCACGCACACGACUGAACGCCUCGUAAGCCGGGCCUGAGCUGAUUAGAGUAAGAAGCGAAAAAUGUAUGAACGUAAGCACAGACAAGCGCGCGCGUAAACGAUCGUCUCGUUGGAAGAAAUGGCCGCCAAUCACACGCGCUGGCUCUCGAGCUUCUGUUUCUUUCUUGUACAAUACGGCCCGCAUCUGAUCGUGGAUAGAUUUUUGGUCUAACGUUUCCUCGUCGCUUUCUCGGCCUUUAUCGUACCUCCUCCAGUCUGUCACUCCUCUUCGUAGGGUCCAUGGGAUGUCACAUCUGUACGAAAUACUUGUAGACAUACGGAAAUCUACAGCGGCCUAUACAAGGGUUUUCUAAAGUAAUGGACAUAGGACAACUCCACGGUGAUCUAUACAGGCGAUCUCUAGGGAGAUCUAUGUAGGGAAUCUUUAGAGUUACCUAUACAGGGUACCACUAGAGCAGGGAUAUCCAAAUUACGGCCCGGCAUAGCUUGUUUUUAUUGUAUUGUAAAAUUUACACUGUGAAGCAAAUCAUACAAUACAAUGAUCAGAUGUUUUUAUUUAAAGAUUAAUUAAGAAACACCAUAACCUACAUAUAUAAUGUUACUGAACAUUUUAAUUGUAAUUCAGAAAUACAGUAUGUUGGUAUGAUGUGCUAGUUAGGUCUUGGCCCUUGGGACUUGGUGGACAAGUCACUUAGCCCUUAGGCAAAAAAGUUUCAAUACCCCUGCUCUAAAGUGACACAUACGGAUGUCUUUAGAGUCGCCUGUACAAGGAAUCUCUAAAUUAACAGGUACAGAGGAUCUCUAGAGUUACCUAUACAGGGUAUCGCUAGAAUAACCUAUGCAGGGGAUCUCUAAAGUGACUUAGAUAGGGGAUUUCUAGAGUGUUCUAUAUGUAUAUGAAAUCUCUAACCUACAUAGAUACUUUGAAGGAUAACUAAUCUUUUUCUGGACCGAUAAAGAAAUUCUUAAUUCUCCGGUUAGAUCCAUAACCAUAAGAAGCAUAAAUUUGGAUUGCGUUCAAAGCAUAGACGUAACAUUGCGAUCGAAGACAAAUAAAAGGAGACAAAAGUUGCGGUAGGUUCAUUCUGAUCAAAAAGAUUAUAGUAUACAGAUAGAGUAGGCAAGGCAGGUGAAAAAGAGUUAGACGAAUAGUAAGUGAAAGAAAAUUGUGUGUCCUUAUCUAAUAACGCAUGCGCGGUCACAUUUCGAAACUUUGGUGGGAGAGAAAUAUCAACGUCAGCUGUCAGAUGUUCCUUGACUGCAUCCAGAAGAUUACCGCUUACUGAGCCGCUUUAUGAGCGUUCAAGGAGCGAGUGACCGUAACAAAUUUUUCACUCCGAAACAUGGCGACCGUUCUUUGCAGCUAUUGGCUGUUAUCACAGAGCAGUUGCUAUGAGAGCCAAAGUUUUUUAGCCUCACUCUCUGUGAGCGCUUACAAAACGGCUCAGUAAAUGGUGGCCGUCUGAAUGCAGCCAAUAUCUCUAUGGGCUCAACUCGUCGAGCCUUUACUGACAAUCCUGUGUAUGACUCCUCUACUCUAUCUACAUGUAUAAUCUCUUUGAUUUUUAUCGAAUUUAUCGUUCCAAUACGCAAGAUUGUUUCGUUAAAAGAAAGCUAGCGGCUUAACGAAAACGCACUCGGUACUGGAUCAAGAUGGAGGAGGGACGUGUGUUUGAAUCGGCGGUUAAUCGAAAAGUAAAUUACGAACGAAGGAUACUUUGGAGAACGACGCUUUUCUGCGCACGGACUAGGUCCUAGUUCUCUAAGAAACGUUAAUUACUAUAGCGUAUCCCACGUGGUGAUGGUACACAAGUGAUUCUAGUUGUUUUUAUCGUAAGGUAGAUCAAGUGCUUCUUUUUUUCAUGCAUAACAGUUUAUCUCUUCUUUUCGUUCGUUUCGACGCUCGGUUUGUAUGCCAUUCAAUCGUUCGAAGCAGCUCGAGUGCGGGGAAAGCAUCGCGACGCGUCUUUUGCUAUCGUUUCGUCGCGCUUCGAUAAUCGACGGAUCCUCGAACAAUGGAUAUAUUCAAUCUUUUCUUUUGUAAAUACUUCAAGGUGAAUCGUACUAUUAAUUUUCUUGCAAUUCAAGAUAUCGUUGUAUAAUGUUAUCCGUACGUUUCGUAGCAUAAGAUUUAUCAAACGGAAAUUAACGCGAGAACAAUUGACGUUUGUUCCACAAAAGUGCAAAUUUUUAAAAAAUACAAAGUGCAUUUGUUCGAAAAAAAAAAAUUCAACCGUGAGCUCUAUCGUUGAAGGUGCAGCGAUCAUAGAUUUAACACGUUCAUCGUUAUGUCACUCAUAUAUGGGUGACAUGACUUUUCACUAAACAACUAAAUAAAUUCAUUCCAACGAUGAGAAGUUAAAGAAAAUAAUUCUGCAUGGUACUAGUUUAAAUUCAACAAAAGUAAGUUUCACUGUUUUAUAGAAACAAACUGUUAGGCUCAUAUUUUUCACAAGUUUUAGUCUGGCAACGUGUUAAACGAUAAUUGAAAAAAUUGUGCACCGAGAGGGCUAUCGUUAGGCAACAACAAAUGUGUCUCUAUUCGUAGUCGCUUCCUCUUCUCCCAUGAAGUCAAUUUAAUAUAUCGCUGCGAGUGAAAAAGUAGUCACGCGGCUUUCAUGGAUAAUACAUGCGACUAAUAUUUUACAUACUGUUGACGCGUUAAAUAAACGAUGAUUCUGCUCGUUACAACGCUCAGUGACAAUAAUCGAGUAUAAUUAUAUAUAUAUAUAUAUAUAUAUAUAUAUAUAUAUAUA